AUGGUCAAAUUGAUCCUAAAUCUGGUGUCCUUAACCAUCAGCUUGACACUUGGCUUGAUUGGAUAUAUGGUGGUGAUUGGUCGGCGACAAGGCGCCAACGAUGAAACACAAUAUGCAUUCGAACCUUUGAUUUUCAUAUUGUGCGGAAUUAUGCCAUUCUGGAUCCUUUGUUUUGUGACAGACCUCAUUAGUAAUUCGGUUGAUACACUGUUCUGUUGUUGGAACAUCAAUCUGGACAUCGGAACAAAUCAUUCAAAUAAAACGGAAGAAGCUUUCACCGGCCGGAAUGUCGCGCAACCGACCAUCUAG